GACGCCAAUGAUUCGCAUCCCUAUGACUUGGACGAUGUGUUGUUUGCAAAAUUCGCAGAAUUGGACCAAAAAGUGGCGAUGCUUCGAGAAGAAAUGGACGGUAUCGCUAUGCUGUUGGAAAGACGGAAAAGGUAAAACGUUACACCUUCUAUUUAUAUAUUGA